AGAUAAUACGUCAUAGAAUAUUUACGGUAGUGUAACUGUUAUAGCUAUCAUGGUGGCGUUGUGCGGAUUAAUAGUCCUUGUAUUGGCUAAUUCUGUACUAAGUUCAUACCCAGAAGAUGAAGAAGGCUCAAACAAUCUCUUUCAAUCUUGGAAGCAGGAACACGGAAAAGAGUACAAAUUGUUGGGUGAAGACUUUGGACGAUUCCAGAUAUUCAAAGAUAAUUUAAAGCUAAUCAACAAAUUAAAUGGAAUGUACAAAGGGAGGAUGGAAUUUGCUGCAAACAAAUUUGCAGACUUGGAUCCAAAAGAAUUUCAAAGUAAAAUAUUGAUGCCAAAACGAAGAGCACCAACAUUUGAAUCAUCUAGAUAUAUCAAAUCAACAGUCAACGAUCCACUUCCAGAUUCAUUUGACUGGGUUCCAAAAAAUAUGGUCUCAUCUGUAAAGGAUCAAGGAGCUGCCGGCUCUUGCUGGGCAUUCAGUACUGUGGAGAAUAUAGAAGGUCAGUGGGCUAUGGCGGGAAAACCAUUGACAAACCUGUCUGUUGAACAAGUCGUCGACUGUGAUGGAAUGGAAGACAUUCCGGGAAAGAAUGCAGAUUGUGGUGUAUUUGGUGGUUGGCCAUAUCUAGCCUAUCAGUAUAUCAUAAAGACAGGUGGUCUGUCUACCUGGAGCGACUAUCCAUAUUGCAGUGGUGACACAGCUGAUAAACACCACCCCGAAGAUAACUGUAUGCCAUGCCCUGCACCGGGAUUUAACGCCUCGUUAUGUGGGCCUCCAGUACCAUACUGUAACAUGUCACAGAGUUGUGUAGCUAAACUUGACAAAUCUAAACUUGUAAAUGGACUACAGCUGUCAUCCUGGAAUGCUAUUGAUCAGAAUGAGACAGUUGUAGCAGAACAGCUAAUGAAGAUAGGGCCUCUGUCUAUUGCAAUAAAUGCUGAAUUGUUACAAUUAUAUCACAAAGGUGUAUUCGAACCGCACCACUGUGAUCCAAAGAAUCUUGAUCAUGCCGUUUUAUUGGUUGGCUUUGGCAAAGAAAAAACUUUGUUUGGAGAGAAAUCAUUUUGGAAAGUAAAGAAUUCAUGGGGACCAAAAUGGGGACUAAAUGGAUAUUUCCAGAUAAAAAGAGAUGUUGGCAUGUGUGGAAUAAACACACAAGUUACGACGGCUGUUCUUAGUCAGCCCAACAAAUAAUACAAUGUUCUGGUUAUUGGGAUAUAUGAAUUGCUAACAAUGAAUAUUAAAUCUAUUUUACACUGUUCUUUACUAAUAUAU